UCGAUAGAUUCACUUCAACCCAUACAUUGCCGACAUUAGGGGAGAGAGAUGUUGGUUAUCGCGUUAAGAUACUCGCAAUGAGUUGCCUGUUUAUUGGUCUGAAGAUGAGUGAUGAUUCCAUCGACAAGAUAAUAAAUCUGAAACAGGAACCUUAUAUGGAGAUUGAUGAAAAAGAUGUUGAGACUGUUGAGAGUCUGAUUCUCGAUAGAAUUGGUCCGCUGGAGGAUUGCGUAAGUGCUGUAAAUGCUCUAUUCUAUGUGCCGAGCUUCAGUUCUAUAGCAGAUGAACGAGGACCGAAGUUCAAGUCGGAUGUUACUCAGCGGAUAUAUCAAUCGCACGAAGACAUAAAAUGUCUACAAUUCAGGCCUUCAUCGGUAGCAGCAUCAGCUGUUCUUAUGACCGUUAAAGCAAUCGACGCUGCAAAGUGUUCUGAAUGUAUGGAAAGGUUUACAAUCAAAGAUCUCCAACUGAAUAGGGAAGAAUUAGAAGCCUGUUACGAUAAGAUGAGUGACUAUUUCAAUCCUGAAAUUGAUACACUGUCUCCGGGACAGGGCGUGGGAGAAAUACAACCCGUCGAUUUUGAUUUGGAUGAAACUCAUUUUCCUCGUGAAUGAAAAGGGUUGUCAGAUUGUCAUCAGAACUUCAAAAACUGCUGUUUACUAUUAGAUGAAUUUUCAUAAACAUCAUUGGAUUGGAAAAACUAUCUUUUUGAGUUACAUGCUUAUAGGAGAUUACUUUUUGUGCAUAAUUACAGCAUUUAGUUUAGUUUAGUUUAGUUAGAUCGAAUGUGAUUUGAUCUGCAACAACAUUGAAACAGAGAAUCUUGAUUUUACAUAAAAUUGCCUUACUGCUA